UUAGAAGAGAGAGAGAGAGAGAGAGAGAGAGAGAGUGGCCAUCCAUCCCACCCAUCCAAUAGAAAGAAGGCAAAGGCAGCAGAGAGCCCUACAGCAUUACAUUGCUGGCCAAACUCUCACACAUUCUGAUGCACCCAAUAACAAAAUAACCAACAAAGAAAAAAAGAAAAAAGAAAAAAAAAAGAAAAGCAAAGCCUCUUUUUCACAACAUAUACUUCUAUGAUGGUGGUGGUGACUCCCCACAAACUCACUCCCCCCCCCAACCCAAUUAUACCCUUUACUUCUCCCUUUUCCUCCUCCUCCUCCCUCUCCUCCUCCUCCUUUUCUUCUUCUUCUUCUUCUUCUUCUUUUUAUUCUUUCCAUGGAGACCAUGUACUUGGGUUUCUUGGUUUUAUUCUUCUUGCCCACUGUUAUCAAGUAGCACCUUUUUUUGUUCUUUCUUUUUUUUUUUCCUUUUUUGGGUUCUCUUUUUUUUUUUUUUUUAGUUGUGGUUGUUGUUGGUUUUUGGAAGGGACUGUGGUAGAUGGAAUUGGGGAGUUGUGGGUGCUGGUCGGCGGUGGCGCGCGGACUUCGAGGCGCGUGCAGGUCCUCCGCAGCUGCCGGCGGCUCUCCCAACACCCUCCCAAAGGACAGUCUUGUUCAUGAUGCAGCGACAGAGACGAGAUACCUAAACGCUAGUAAUCGCGAGCUUGCUGCUCGUUGCGAGGCCAAUUUGGAUGUCGAAAGGAUUGCUGAUCCAACCACUGAAAAGAAAGCGACUUGCCAGUUACUUCAAUUUACUUUCCAAGAGCUAAAAUCUGCCACUGGUAACUUCAGACCCGACAGUAUUCUCGGAGAAGGUGGAUUUGGAUACGUUUUCAAGGGAUGGAUUGAGGAGAAUGGCACGGCUCCUGCGAAACCAGGCACUGGUCUCACUGUUGCAGUCAAAAGCCUGAAGCCAGAUGCUCUUCAAGGCCACAGAGAGUGGGUUGCAGAAGUCGACUUCCUUGGACAACUGCAUCAUCCUAACCUUGUCAAGCUCAUAGGAUACUGCAUUGAAGAUGACCAAAGGCUGCUAGUCUACGAAUUUAUGGCCCGAGGAAGUCUUGAAAACCAUCUUUUUCGACGGGCUCUUCCUCUACCCUGGUCCAGCAGGAUAAAAAUUGCACUUGGAGCGGCAAAAGGACUUGCCUUCCUCCAUGGAGGACCUGAACCGGUUAUCUAUAGGGACUUCAAGACAUCAAACAUUCUUCUUGAUUUGGAGUAUAACGCCAAGCUUUCGGAUUUUGGGUUGGCAAAAGCUGGCCCACAAGGAGAUAACACUCAUGUUUCAACUCGAGUUGUCGGCACAUAUGGUUAUGCUGCUCCUGAGUAUGUGAUGACAGGACACUUGACAUCUAAGAGCGAUGUGUACAGUUUUGGUGUAGUGAUUCUUGAGAUUUUAACUGGUAGAAGGUCUGUGGACAAAAAGCGGCCAAGCGGCGAACAGAAUCUGGUCGCAUGGGCUAGACCGUAUCUGAGCGAGAGGCGAAGGCUCUACCAGCUCGUAGACCCUCGGCUGGAGCUCAACUAUUCAAUAAGAGGAGUUUACAAGGUCGCUCAGGUCGCAUAUUAUUGCCUAAGUCGGGACCCAAAAUCUCGCCCUUCGAUGGAUGAUAUUGUUAAGUGUCUGACUCCACUUCAAGAUCUAAAUGACUUGGCUGCAUUAUCUUUUCGCUCUCGCUCAUCUCAACGAGGCAAACUCCGACAUUGAUGAUGUUUAAAUUUUAGCAAAUGCUGCGGUGCUGAGAUUCUCAUGAUUGUUGUAUCUUUAACUAAAGUGUGUAAAGUAGGCUGCAACUGAUUGUCAAAUUCACGCAUUUAAGCCCCAAAAUAUUGUGAUAUUAGGACAUGAACUGUCCUGCAGUUAGGGUUUCUUGAUGUGCAAUAUUUCAUGUAUGAUUUAGAUACCACUUGCGUAAGUUUUAAUACUUCAGGGUGAUCAUUUCAAAGUUACAGAGCAUAGUCUCUUCUAAGCGAUUUA